AUGACCGAGGUUGACGACUCGGUGACACACCGCGUGUACAUGGACUUCUCCGUGGGAGGGUCGGACGCGGGGCGCGUCGUCUUCGGCCUGUGCGGCAAGGCGUGCCCGCGCACUGUCGAGAACUUCCGCUGCCUCUGCACCGGCGAAGCCGGUUCCGUCAAGGUCUCCAAGAAGCGGACGGUGCGGCUGCACUACGCGGGGACGGCCGUGCACCGCGUCGUCCCUGGCUUCAUAGUGCAGGGCGGCGACGUGACGCACAGCGCCGGCGGGACGGGCGGCCGCUCGAUCUACGGCCCGUCCUUUGACGACGAGAAUUUCAAGCUCAAGCACACUGGAGCGGGCCAGCUGCUGAUGGCCCACUUUGGCGUCGCAAACAACAACCAGUCGCAGUGGGCCGUCACGCUGGGCCACAUCUCCGAGUUUGAGAGGGGGCAUGUCUUCUUUGGCCGCGUGCUCGAGGGGAUGGAGGUCCUCCAGGCCAUCGCCAUGGAGGGCUCGGCGGAGGGCUUCACCGCGCGCCCGGUGGUGGUAGAGGCCUGCGGUGAGCUCGACGAGUCUGGCGCUCCAAUCGAGGAGGUGAGCAGGCCUGCGGACGAGCCGCCCGCGCUGUCGGCCGAGGUGGCGGAGGCGGAGGCGGAGGACGGUUUGCGUCUAGAGCCGAACGAGGGCGCGGGUGGCGGGCAGAGCUUGGACGCGCUCGAUUGA